CUUCAAGGUAGUUGGAAGUUUGUUGCUUCUUGCCAUAGUUUAUGUUAGCGAUCUUAAGCACAAUGUGACACUUCACACUUGAUGGGGAACAGUCUAAUUUUAGAAUCGGUUUCAUCAGAGUGUGCGCUGGAUUAUUUGUAGCACUUAGAAUGUAAGGAAAUACCAGCUAAACUUGAUCUUGUAUUAGGUAAAGUGAUCAUCGGUGACUGACGCUUUCGGGACGUGUCUCAUAAACUUUGUCAGAGAGCGCGGUAAAAACAGACGUACGAUGCUUUGCUCUAGUUACCCAAGGGUUGGCGUCGAAUCAGCGCCAGGUUCUCAGAGUUUGGACCAGUGACUUGUGAACUUUGUGUGUAUCGUAAUUGAUCCUUAACCAUGGCGUUGUGCUGUGUUGUGGUGAUUCUCAUGGCCACAGCAGCCUACUGUAGUAAUGAUGUGAUUAUUGGUAAUACGCAUGUCAUUGGUGGCGUCUUGACCCCUCCGCACAGUCAGAUGGGGGAACUUACUCGUUGUCCAUGGGCCUGUUCUUGCACCGGUCUUGCAGUUGAUUGCUCCCACCGAGGCCUGACACAAGUACCUCGGAACCUGCCCACUGAAGCGGAAAGAGUAGAUCUCCAAGGCAACAACCUGACUCUUAUCUUCGAGAGUGACUUCGAGGACAUGAGGAACCUCCGGAUACUCCAACUUAUGGACAACCAGAUACAUACCAUUGAGCGGGGAGCGUUCCAGGAUCUGAUGGUUCUCGAGAGACUGCGUUUGAACAACAAUCGUCUACGUCACAUUCCCGACAUGCUCUUCGGCAACAUGCCCAACCUCCUUCGGCUGGAUAUCAGCCACAACCAGUUGGAAAUGGUCGGUCGGAAAACCCUCGCAGGAAUUCCGGCACUCAAGAAUUUGCAGCUUGACAACAACAGGCUGACGUGUAUCGACGAGUCUGCAGUCCGCGGACUCUCCGACUUGGAAGUCUUGACGCUGAACAACAACAACCUGACGUCACUGGGAAAGAGCAUGUUCGAGAACAUGUUCCGACUGCGCACUCUUCGCCUCUCUGACAAUAAUCUGAACUGCGACUGUCACUUGUCUUGGCUGGCGCGCUGGCUAAGGAGGGCCCCCCGCCUGGGGCUAUACACGAGAUGCUUCUCCCCAAAUCAGCUCAAGGGGCAGAACGUGGCGGACCUACACGACCAAGAAUUCAAAUGUUCGGGUCUGGUGGAGCGCCCGACUGGCGAGUGUCUGAGUGAGCCCCAGUGCCCUCACCCGUGCCGUUGUGCAGAUGGCAUCGUCGACUGUCAGGAGAAAGAUCUGGCCAAGGUUCCCGACCACUUGCCAGAGGCAACCACAGAGCUACGACUGGAGCAGAACUCCAUAACAGAGGUCCCUCCCAAGGCGUUUGCCCCAUAUAAAAGGAUGAACAAAAUAGACUUGAGCAAGAACCAGAUCACAAAGAUAGCGGCUGACGCCUUCCUGGGCCUGAAGUCUCUUACGUCACUAGUGCUGUAUGGGAACAAAAUAAAGGAUCUUCCAGCGGGAAUUUUCCACGGCCUGUCGUCACUUCAACUGUUGUUGCUGAAUGCGAAUGAAAUCUCCUGCAUCCGUAAGGACACCUUCAAGGACCUGCACAGCCUGAACCUGUUAUCGCUGUACGACAACAACAUCCAGUCGCUGGCGAACGGAACAUUCGACUCCUUGAGAAGUAUCCAGACACUACAUCUGGCCCGGAAUCCCUUUAUUUGUGACUGCAACCUGCGGUGGCUGGCUGAGUACCUGCAUCGCAAUCCCAUUGAGACAUCAGGGGCACGAUGUGACACCCCCAAGCGCAUGCAGCGGCGGCGCAUUGAGGCAUUUGAGGACGAGAAAUUCAAAUGUAAGGGUGUGGAGGAGUUCCGAACUCGUUUGGCAGGAGAAUGUCUUAUUGACAGUGCAUGCCCCAGUGGCUGCUCAUGUGAAGGUACUCUCGUGGACUGUUCAGCUCGUGGACUCAAAGAAAUCCCCAAGGACAUCCCAAUGUACACCACAGAGCUUUUGCUGAAUGACAAUGAAAUUGGACGCAUUAAAUCAGAUGGCUUAUUUGGAAGGCUGCUGAACCUACAGAAACUGGACCUGAGACGGAACAGAGUGACAGGAAUUGAAGAGAAUGCAUUUGAGGGAGCAGCACGCCUCGCUGAACUGCUGCUUUCAGAAAACAAGAUCAGAGAAGUUCAUAACAAGAUGUUUGUUGGUCUGACAAACCUAAAGACACUUGUUCUGUAUGACAACCAUAUAACCUGCGUGAUGCCAGGAUCGUUUGACUUCCUCACAUCAUUACACUCACUGAACCUCCUGUCUAAUCCCUUCAGCUGUAAUUGCCACUUGGCCUGGUUUUCUGAGUGGCUGCAAAAGCAUGACCUGAGUGGGGGGAAUCCACGCUGCCACACACCUCCACGAGUGAAGGAUGUACUAAUUCAUGAGCUGCCACAUCACGAGUUCAAAUGCACCAGUGACAAUGACCAAGGCUGUCUGGGAGACAACUACUGCCCCCCCAAGUGUAUAUGUACAGGCACAGUAGUGCGCUGCAGCAGGGUGCGACUUCGUGAGAUCCCACGUGGGAUUCCCCCUGAAACAUCAGAGUUGUACCUGGAUGUCAAUGAGAUACAGACAAUCCAUGCUGAUCGGCUUAGCCAUCUGAAAUCACUUACCAGGCUGGACCUGAGUAACAACCAGAUCUCAAUACUGUCCAACUUCUCAUUUGUGAAUCUCACCAAGCUUUCAACUUUGAUCAUCAGUUAUAACAAGUUGCAGUGCAUCCAGCGUGAUGCAUUGGCUGGACUGGAGUCACUUCGCAUCAUCUCCCUUCAUGGAAAUGACAUUUCAGUGAUUCCUGAUGGAGCAUUUGCUGAUCUCAAGUCCAUCACACACUUAGCUCUUGGAGCAAACCCCUUCCUCUGCGACUGCUCACUUCGUUGGUUGGCCGACUGGGUGAAGCGAGAUUAUGUGGAACCAGGGAUUGCUCGUUGUGUUGAGCCACACACAAUGAGAGACAAAUUAUUGCUUACAACUCCUUCCUCUGCCUUUCAGUGUAAAGGCCGUGUCAGCUAUGAGAUCUUGGCCAAGUGUGAUGCCUGCUUUACAUUCCCAUGUGCGAAUGGUGGUAAGUGUGAACCACUGCCUGAACGUCAGUAUGUAUGUCGCUGUGCACCAGGGUACCAUGGCCAGCACUGUCAGUAUAUGAUCGAUGCUUGUUAUGGCAAUCCUUGUCGUAAUGCAGGGACGUGCAAAGUUCUUGAAGAGGGUCGAUUUAGCUGUCACUGUCCUGCAGGCUUCACAGGGGACAGAUGUGAAACCAAUGUGGAUGACUGCAACAACAGUAAAUGUGAAAACAAUGCCACUUGUGUCGACCUGGUGCAGGCAUAUGAAUGCCGCUGUACACCUGGAUUCAUGGGUGAAUAUUGUGAGACCAAAAUUCCUUUCUGCACCAAGGAGUACAAUCCAUGUCGGAAUGGAGCUCGCUGUGUGGAUCACUUCACACAUUACACGUGUGAGUGUGUGGUGGGCUACUCUGGGGAGAACUGUACCAUCAACAUUGAUGACUGCCAGAACAACAUGUGCCAGAAUGGGGCUACAUGUGUGGAUGGUGUGAAUGACUAUGCAUGCAAGUGCCCAGGGGACUUCACAGGCAAGUUCUGUGAAAUUGCUCCCAUGGUGGCCAUGCUCUAUCCUCAGACAUCACCAUGCCAACACCAUGACUGCAAGAAUGGCAUUUGCUUCCAACCAAUGGGCUCGAACGAUUACAUCUGCAAAUGUGCACCUGGAUAUUCAGGGAAGAGAUGUGAGUACUUGACAAGUCUUAGCUUUGUACACAAUAACUCAUUUGUGGAACUGGAACCACUGAGAACAAAGCCAUCAGCCAAUGUGACCAUGGUGUUUGCAACAGAGCAAGAGAAUGGUGUGCUUCUAUAUGAUGGCCAAUCAGAGCACUUGGCUGUUGAAUUGUUUAAUGGUCGGAUCCGUGUCAGCUAUGAUGUUGGCAACUAUCCUGUAUCAACAAUGUACAGUUUUGAGAUGGUUAGUGAUGGAAAGUAUCAUAUGGUGGAGCUGAUUGCAAUUAAGAAGAAUUUCACACUGCGGGUGGAUCGUGGUCUUGCUCGUAGCAUUAUUAAUGAGGGAACAAGGGAUUUUCUGCACCUCACAACACCUCUCUUCAUUGGGGGUGUUCCCCCUGAGGCUGGCCAAGAGGCAUUCACUCAGUGGCACCUUCGUAACCUCACCAGUUUCAGUGGUUGCUUGAAGGAGCUAUGGGUGAACCACAAGCCAGCGGACUUCAUGAACGCAGCACGGCAGCAGAAGGUGACUCCAGGCUGCUCCCUGUUGCAAGAAGAAGAUGAUGAUGAUGAUGAUGAGGAGCAGAUGGAAGAAGAUGAGGGGGGACCAGCAGCAGUUGUUGCAGCAGCACCUAUGGCAGAGCAAGAUAGCUGUGUGAACAAUCAGUGUCAGCGAGGCAGCAAGUGCGUGCCCCGCUCCAGACCAAGGGAAUACUCCUGUCGCUGUCGACCUGGUUGGGGGGGACGCUACUGUGAACAAGAUGUGAGCUUCGGGUACCAAGGCCCAACUUGCCGCAAGGAACAGACAAGAGAGUACUAUGCAGAGAAUGGUUGCCGGUCACGCAAACCAGUGAAGCUGGCUCGAUGUGAAGGCAGUUGUGGGUCAAGUUGCUGCCGUGCGCGUAAAACCAAACGCCGCAAGGUGCGUCUAAUCUGCAAUGAUGGUACACGGUACACCAAAGAUGUUAACAUAGUGCGCAAGUGUGCAUGCACCAAGAAGUGCUACUGACUAUCAGGCCCCUCCUAUUAUAAUACACUGCAACACGUUGCUCUCCCACCUACACAACUCGAUGGUGAUGCCUCACACCCAAAUGUGGUGGCAACAGCCACGGACUCUGAUGGCUACGGCUUCUGUUUCAUAAAGAUUGGCAUGUUUUAUUUUGUAAAUAUUUCAAUCUUCAGUGCGCUAUUUAUUAUAAUCUCAUGGUCUCUGUGUAUCUGCUUGUUUCUCCUGUUACCAUAAAAAAUGUAUGUUUUUACGAAGCUUCUUCUGUCUCAAAAUACCUCAGUGAGAUUUAGAGUCAACAUUAUUUGUAAAAUACAGUACACAGAAAGUAUUUGAGGGCAUGAAACCCAAGGACAGUAAAAUUAGUCUUUAGGUAAUCAGCUUUGAAAUUAUUGCUUUGACAGAUCAGCAUUGCAUUUUGUUUCCUGAACUCUACAACUGUCGUGAUCCUGCACUUCUCUGUAUGAGGGCAUUUUUAACAUUUUAAUUGCUAUGUUAUUAUGAUCUGUGGUUCCUAAACCAUGCUGAAAAAAUUUCAUUGAUGCCUUGACAUUCGUUACAUGAGGAAUUAUCAUAUAUUUAUAUUUAUGAAAACAAUCACCAGAAUCUAUUUCCUGAAGGGAUUCUAGAAUAUCUUCAAGUAGAAUAAAUUGCUUAUGCUUCACAGAUGCCAUGAUGAUGGAAAUAGGUUGAUGAAAGCAGAUGUUUGGUACAAUUAUUUAUUUAUUUAAAAUAUUGUGUUCAAAAUGUGAAAUAUUAUCAAAACUAUUCCCUAAGGAUACAGAAAUUCAUGUAUGAAUUUAGAAGAGCACUAAAUAUAUACACUUCAUACAAUAAGGUUGCAAAAUUUAAAUUGAUUCUACUCAGUCACAGCACUUGAGAAUCAUGUUGACAGUAAUGAGUAUUCUCAGAGUCACUGCACCAAAGAGGUUAAGUAUGUUGAUUCUGAAUUGUGUUCUUCCAUGUACUAUAUAUCACACCAUCAUGUGGUAUUUUCUUAGUUGCCAUGUGCAGGAAUUCUUUGGAAAUAUUUAUCAGCACAGAUCAGUUACAAAGAUUUAUGGAAUGUUCUUUUUUGACUGUCAUCCAAAAUGACAGCCCAUCUCAGUUACUAUGUUCAUGGCCUAAAGACUUAAUAUGAUCUCUGGUAUUACCCAUUUCUACUAGAGAACCUGACAUUUUAUAAACAUUUAUAAAUAUCGCAAAGUCUCGUCAGUGUGUCCACUAUUAUGUUUGCACAUUCAUAAUGCUAUGAUUUUAUGGUCAUACCAUAAUACUAAAAAAUACAUACAUUGUUAUUGGCACAUCUAUUUUGUCAUUUUUAUUUUUAGUUCUAUGAAAAUCAUGCUAAUGAUGUUUAACUAUGAAUUUUUUAAAUCAGGAACAUUAUUUGUUCACACAGUCAAAGGGGCACAUGACAGCAUAGUCGGCUGAGGCACUAUGCUACAAGCUGGAAGGUCAGGGGUUCAAUUCCUGAUGAGGUAAUUGGAUUUUUUAACUGCC